GCCUGAGGUGAGCGUUUCUUCUGCGUUGCUCCGAGGGCUCAAUCCUCCUGCCAUCGCCGCCAUCCUGGCUUCGGGGGCGCCGGUCUCCAGGUUCCCGGGAGGAGAACUCCUAGGGCUACUAAAUCCUCGCUGGAGGCGGUGGUUUCUUAUGCGGGAGGACGUGGCGGAGGGCCUGACUUUGGGAGCCGGGGGCCGGUCGGCCUCUGAGGUAAUCUGUGAAAAUGGUUCGCUAUUCACUUGACCCGGAGAACCCCACGAAAUCAUGCAAAUCAAGAGGUUCCAAUCUUCGUGUUCACUUUAAGAACACUCGUGAAACUGCUCAGGCCAUCAAGGGUAUGCAUAUACGAAAAGCCACGAAGUAUCUGAAAGAUGUCACUUUACAGAAACAGUGCGUACCAUUCCGACGUUACAAUGGUGGAGUUGGCAGGUGUGCGCAGGCCAAGCAGUGGGGCUGGACACAAGGUCGGUGGCCAAAAAAGAGUGCUGAAUUUUUGCUGCACAUGCUUAAAAACGCAGAGAGUAAUGCUGAACUUAAGGGUUUAGACGUAGAUUCUCUGGUCAUUGAGCAUAUCCAAGUGAACAAAGCACCUAAGAUGCGCCGCCGGACCUACAGAGCUCAUGGUCGGAUUAACCCAUACAUGAGCUCUCCCUGCCACAUUGAGAUGAUCCUUACGGAAAAGGAACAGAUUGUUCCUAAACCAGAAGAGGAGGUUGCCCAGAAGAAAAAGAUAUCCCAGAAGAAACUGAAGAAACAAAAACUUAUGGCACGGGAGUAAAUUCAGCAUUAAAAUAAAUGUAAUUAAAAGGAAAA